AUGUACCACUCCUAUCUUCACUUGGCACCACUUUAUCUCUCUCGCUCUCUUGGCACCCCUUCAUUCCUUCUCUUUCUCUCUUGGGACCCCCCCUUCCUUCUCUUUCUCUCUUGGGACCCCCCCCUUCCUCUCUUCUUUCUCUUGGCACCCCCUUUCCUCCUCUUUCUCUCUUCUCCCCCUUUCCUCCUCUUUCUCUUGGCACUCCCCCUUUUCCUCCUCUUUCUCUCUUGGCACUCCCCUUUCCUCCUCUUUCUCUCUUGGCACUCCCCCCCUUUCCUCCUCUUUCUCUCUUGGCCUCCCCCCCUUUCCUCCUCUUUCUCUCUUGGCACUCCCCCCUUUCCUCCUCUUUCUCUCUUGGCACUCCCCCUUUCCUCCUCUUUUCUCUUGGCCUCCCCCCCCCCUUUCCUCCUCUUUCUCUCUUGGCACUCCCCCUUUCCUCCUCUUUCUCUCUUGGCACCCCCCCCCCCUCUUUCUCCUUGGCACCCCCCUUUCUCUCUCCUCCUUAUUGCUACUCCUUUCCUCUCUCAUCAUCUUCCAUACAUUUCCUGUAUUGCUGUCAUACCAAUGUCAGAAGAAGAUUACAAUGGAAAUGACUUCAAAUAUAUUGUUUACUGGCGGAAGAAAAGUAACAGUGUUCUAAAUGAUCCUAAAUGGAAUGAAAAAGUAGUUCCAGCAAGUAUUAGUCAAUAUGUGACACUAGUUGGGAAAGAUGACUAUUACUCAGAAUAUGAAGUCCAGGUGCAAGCAAAAAAUAACAUUGGCUAUGGACCGAAAUCAGCAAUUACUGUAAUCUAUUCAGCUGAAGACUUGCCAGGUACCGCAGUAAAGAAUGUCCAAGCACUUCCUUAUAAUGGCACAGCAAUUAUGGUCUACUGGGAUGAAAUAGCAGAUAAGAGAGAAAUUAUAAGAGGCAAACUUUUGGGAUACAGGAUAAAGUAUUGGUUGCGCAAUGACAAUGAAUCACGUGCUAUUGAGGCUAUCAUAUAUGGACAGACUGGCCAAGGGCUUGUCAUUGGAUUGUUGCCCAAUACAUAUUACACAUUCCGUGUUAUUGUCUUUAAUUCAGCUGGUUUUGGCCCCAGGAGUGACACCUACUUUGCAAAAUGCUAUCAUCUCCCCCCCCAGGACUAUCCGACUGAAGUUGAUGUUAUUCCGUAUGGUGCAGGUUCUUGCAAGGUAACCUUCCGAGGAAUAAGUACUUACACCAAUGAAGAACCAAUUCAAGGUUACAGGAUAAAAUAUUGGAGAGCCACAGAUAAUAUUCGUGAGGCAAAAAUUGUUGACAUUGGACGGAAUUCUUAUGGUUAUGUGCACAACCUUGAGAGAGGUGUUGUUUACAAAUUACGUGUCUAUGGAUUCAGCAGGGGAGGAGAUGGCAAAAUGAGUUCCCCUGUCACCCGUUUCACCAUCACCAAAGAUGGAAUGGUUCGAAAAGACAUGUAUGACCCUAAUCUGACUUUAGAUAAAUCUAUUCAUCUGAAUAAAACUUUUCUCUUUUUCUUUCUUUUUCUUUUUCUUUCUCUUUCUUUUUCUUUUUCUUUCUUUUUCUUUUUCUUUUUUUUUCUUUCUUUUUCUCUUUCUUUUUCUUUCUUUUUCUUUCUCUUUCUCUUUCUCUUUCUCUUUCUCUUUCUUUCUCUUUCUCUUUCUUUUCUUUUCUUUUUUUUCUUUCUCUUUCUUUUCUUUCUCUUUCUUUUCUUUCUCUUUUUUCUUUCUCUUUCUUUUUUCUUUUCUUUUCUUUCUUUCUCUUUUUUUUCUUUCUUUUUCUUUUCUUUCUCUUUUUUUCUUUUUCUUUCUUUUUCUUUUCUUUCUUUUUCUUUCUUUUCUUUUUUUCUUUCUCUUUCUUUCUCUUUUCUUUCUUUUCUCUUUUCUUUCUUUUUCUUUCUCUUUCUUUCUCUUUCUCUCUUUCUUUCUCUUUCUCUCUUUCUUUCUCUUUCUCUCUUUCUUUUCUCUUUCUUUUCUCUUUCUUUCUUUUUCUUUCUCUUUCUUUUUCUUUCUUUAAGGCAUUCUAUUACAGCAAGCAAAUUUUAUUUUUUUUUUAAAAAAAGUAAACAAAUAACUUCAAUUCUUUUUUUUUUGUUGUUCUCUGUCUCUUUUCUUUCUUUUUCUCUUUCUUUUCUUUCCUUUCUCUUUCUUUUCCUCUUUCUUUUCUUUCUUUUCUCUUUUUUUUUCUUUCUUUUUUUCUUUUCUUUUCUCUUUCUUUUCUCUUUUCUCUCUUUUCUCUUUCUUUUCUCUUUUCUCUUUUUCUUUUCUCUUUCUUUUCUCUUUUCUCUUUUUCUUUUCUCUUUCUCUUUCUUUUCUCUCUCUUUCUUUUUCUUUUUUUCUUUUUCUUUUUUUCUCUUUCUUCUCUUUUUUUCUCUUUUUUUUCUCUCUUUCUUUUCUCUCUCUUUCUUUUCUCUUUCUUUCUUUUCUCUCUCUUUCUUUUCUCUCUCUCUUACUUUCUUUUCUCUUUCUUUCUUUUCACUACUUUUUUAA